UAGGUCAUUUCGGCUGAGUCUCGUAAUCCGAACCUUCUAUUCAUCUCUCUCUCUCUCUCUCUCUCUCUCUCUCUCUCUCCCUCCCUCUCGACUAAUAAUAGGCUCUCUCGUUCCCCUUUCUCUGUCUCUGGCGCCGUCUCCCUCAUGGCGUCCCAAGCUAGUCUCCUCCUUCAAAAGCAGCUCAAAGAUCUUUGCAAGAAUCCGGUAGAUGGGUUCUCCGCCGGCCUGGUCGAUGAGACCAAUAUCUUUGAAUGGAGUGUAACGAUUAUUGGACCUCCAGAUACCCUUUAUGAGGGGGGAUUUUUCAAUGCCGUUAUGACCUUCCCAUCCAACUACCCAAACAGCCCUCCAACAGUGAAGUUUACAUCCGAGAUAUGGCAUCCUAAUGUUUAUCCUGAUGGCCGCGUAUGCAUAUCAAUUCUUCAUCCUCCUGGUGACGACCCAAAUGGAUACGAGCUUGCAAGUGAGCGCUGGACACCGGUUCAUACGGUUGAAAGUAUAGUUUUGAGUAUAAUAUCAAUGCUUUCAAGUCCUAAUGAUGAAUCCCCUGCAAACGUUGAAGCAGCAAAGGAAUGGAGAGAUAGGAGAGAUGAUUUCAAGAAGAAGGUCAGCAGGUGUGUAAGAAAAUCACAAGAAAUGUUAUAAUCCAUCCGUCAUGCCCACCAAUGCUGUUCUAUGCUCUGCUUAUGGGUGCCAGAGGGGUCCUUAAGUUAUUUUGUUGGGGGGCCGGAACAGGUAACUGGUUCACCGGGAAAUAUGUGGGUCCCUGUCACAUGCUGUUGAAGUUAUCACACUCAUUUCUUUAUUUUUUUUCUGCUUUCUCUCAGCAUGGUCAAUUGUAUGAGUUGGAACAUAUGUGUAUUCAAAAUGUUUUGGUUGGUAUUUAGUGACCAGCAGUCUGGUUGGGUACUUUAUGUCAUCAUUUUGAGAAACUUGGGAUUAAUCCUAGGCAUGGACUUCGAUUUCUGAUCAAA